AUGGCGACCGAUAACCAGCGCAAAAAAGGACCUCUACCAUGGCAGUACGAGGGUAGAUACAAAUCGACACUGGGUGCGUCCGUUUCUAUUGGAUGGUUGUUAACGGCGACGAACGAAUUCGACUCCGUGGGACUAUCCUCAACGAAUGUAACAUGA